UGAUGAAAAAUUUNGUCUACAUUGCUUAACCUAAAAGAGUUAAUCAAAAUAGAAUGCCAGUAAUUCCUUAAGUAAUGGGUAAAUUAAAUAGACCAACAUUGAAAGAUGUAUAAGAAUAAAAUGGUGGUGCUGGUGUUUUCUCAUUCCCAUUAUAAGGUAUAAAUAUAUAUUAAUUAAUUUAAUAGAACAUUUUUUAUUAGAAAAUCCAGAUUGGAAAUAUGAUGCUGUUCCUGAAAUUAUGGAUGGUAAAAAUAUUGGAGAUUUUGUUGAUGCUGAUAUUUUAUAAAGAUUAGAAGAAUUAGAAAAGGAAGAGGAAAUGAUGGAUUAAGCUGAAAUUGAAGAUCCAGAAGAAGAUGAAAGAGAAGAGAUGUUAUUAAAUACAAGAGAUUAAAUUAAUAAAAAAAGAGAAAUGAUUAAAGAAGAACAUCAUAUGAAGAUGAAAUAAUAAGUUAAAUUACAUAGACCAAAUUUGGAAGAUGCAAAAGAAGAUUUUGCUAAAAAAGGAAUUGAUACUACCUUUUUAGAAUAAAGAGCAUAGAAAUUUGCUGCAAAAAAAGUUUUAUAAAAAUAAAAAAGAUAAUAAUAAUCAUCAGAUGAUAGUGAUGAUAAUGAUAUGGAUAUUGAAGGUAAUGAUAGAAAUCAAAGAAAAGGAAGAGAUGCUUUAUCUAGAAGUAGAAGUAGACUUAGAGAAAUCUCAAGAAGUAGAAGUAGAGGUAAUAAAAAAGUACUUACUGCUUAAGAAUAAGUAAAUAUAUCAUUUUAAAUAUUAUAGGCUAUGGAAAGAAUGUCUAAAAAAAUAUAAAGAAGAAGAAGAAAUGAAGCUAAAGCUGGUGAUGGUGAUACUAAAAUAGAUUGUAAAAUGCCUAAGCACUUAUUUACUGGUAAAAGUGGUAUUGGAAAAUAAUCAAGACGUUGA